CGCCGUAGCCGUUCUCCCUUCUCUCUCUCUUCUGUCUUCUCUUGAAGAGUUUGAAUGGAGAAGCCGGGUUCCCUGGAACCUGCUCACCCCUUGCCGGGUGCAGAGCCCGUCGCCGGGGUCUCUGUUGCCAAGGCGGCGGGGGACGUGGGAGACGAAGAGGCGACACUGGCUAGCUCUAAGCUGUUUCGGUGUGCAUGUGUGAGACGCUGGAUACCACUGGCCUACAGAGAAGAACUCUACCAUGUCUUACGACUCACAGGCCCACUGCUGCUGUCCAGGUUUCUGAACUUCCUCCUGCCGUUUGUUAUCUCCAUAUUCUGUGGGCACAUUGGGAACGCAGAGUUGGCUGGAUAUGCACUGGCCUCUGCGACCCUAAAUGUGACGACAACGGCAAUAGGCUAUGGCCUCGGCGUGACGUGUGACACGCUCAUUUCUCAGACAUACGGCGGUAAGAACUUGAAACGCGUGGGAGUGAUUCUGCAAAGGAGUUCCCUGAUCCUGCUGCUCUUUUGUUUGCCCUGCUGGGGUAUUCUCAUCAACACUCACAACUUACUGCUCAUCCUGUACCAAGAGGAGCAGGUGGCCAGAGUUGCCCAGCUCUAUGUGAUGGUGUUUUUACCAGCUGUUCCAGCCAUGUUUCUGCACCAGCUGCAGGUUGCCUACCUGCAAAACCAAGGGAUCAUUCUGCCUCAGAUGUACACAGCAGCAGCAGCAAACGUUAUCAACUUGGGGGUCAACUACUUUCUCAUUUUCACACUCGAUCUGGGUGUCGUUGGAUCAGCAAUCGCUAAUAGCCUCUCUCAAAUCACCAUCUGCCUGCUGUUGUUUGGCUACAUCAGAUGGAAGAAACUCCAUCUGCAGACUUGGGGGGGCUGGUCCACUGACUGUCUGCAGGAAUGGGGCUCUUACAUGAAGCUGGCUGUUCCAAGCGCGUUCAUGGUCUGCUUUGAGUGGUGGAUCUGGGAGAUUGGAGGCUUCCUUGCUGGUGUGCUCGGUGAGGCGGAUCUCGCUGCCCAGCAUGUGAUGGUGGAAGUAGGAAGCAUAAUAUACAUGUUCCCUUUAGGUAUCCAUGCAGCUACCUGUGUGCGUGUUGGGAACGCUCUGGGGGCUGGGAACACUGCCGGCGCCUUACUCACCUGCAAAGUGGUCCUAGUUCUGACAGGAGUGCUUGCUGUGUUCCAGGGUUUUGUCAUCACAGGCUGUAAGUCCGUCAUUGGCUACAUAUUUACCUCUGAUGCCACAAUUGUGGCGAUCGUGUCAAGCAACCUCACAGUUUACAUAUUUCUCCAGUUCUUUGAUGCACUUCUGUGUGUCUGCUCUGGGAUUCUCAUCGGAUCUGGGAUGCAGAAAAUUGCCGCUUGGUCUAACCUGGUGUCUUACUACUUCAUCGCCCUGCCGGUGGGAGGGGCUCUGAUGUUUUUCGCAGAGCUGAGGAUAUUAGGCUUCUGGCUGGGUCUCCUUAUAUGUGUGUUGCUUCAGGUGGGUUUCUUCAUCAUUGUGAUCUUUAAACUCAACUGGAAAACAGUCACACAAAAGGCUCAAAUGCGAGCUGGGAUGAAAGUGGUGGUGACACCAAAACGUCCUGCUAGUACAGUACUGAGUGAAGCGAUGCUUUCGGACGUCCCUUACAGUCAACUCGCAGCCCAGAUGAACGGUGAUGAAGCUCCUAAAACAGACGGCUACAGUCCCGUCAGCACCCAGGAUCAGGAACAGAAGGCGAGUCACGAGGCUGAGGGCAACAACACGAAAGCGGCCGGGGCUGAGAAGGAUUCUGAGCAGAGCAAAAACACCUCCGACGCCAAACCUCACGAGCUGCUGUCCGUCUCUCAGUUGAUCUUGCGUCGGGGACUCGUCUUCGUGCUUUUAUUUCUUAUCUUGGUCGCAGGCAUCGUUAUGCAUGUCAUUUUCCCCCCGCCGGAGCCCGGUGCGCAGGGCCGGGCCAACGUUACCCUGAACUGGGCCAAUGACUCCACUCCUACACCACUGGCUCCACUCAACCUGACCUCAAACUUCUGAGGCAUAUUUGACCUCCGAAUGUAGACGUCCCGUGGCUACACACAGUGUUCGCAAACAGCCGGGGACGAGGAACUGGGACAACAAGGCGCGUUACAAGUCCCUCGCUAAGAAACCACGUGGGCAUCAAGGAACAGAUGUUCUCUCGCAGAUAGCUUUUGAUUUUUCAACCUAUUCUUGACUUGAUUUACCUAUUGUAUGACGACGACAGACAGUAUCCUCUCGCUUACUGACCCUUAAAUCAUUUUCUCAUGUUUUAACUGUACGAUUGACUGUAAAUAUUUGAUGUAAAAUGUACAUUUAUACAUGUAAAUAUGCAGUGUAACUAUGUGAGCAAGCAAUACGUUGUUGUUGUUCUGUAAUGUACUGUGACUGAACUAUAAUCAAUAAAAACAUCUUUUAAAGUGUGUAAAAAUCCAGCACAGGGGAAAUAUAAAUAGACGAAAUACGUAGUUAUGUAACCGGGUAUAGCUCCUUAAAAGAACUCUGAACUCGAUUUGUUGGUUCAUCUUGUAAUUGUGUCCUUGAGGUCAAACAUUAAACCAGAAGUUACUCAUAUCCCGCAGAAGCCAAUAGCUGCCAUAAUGAUAAGCAGAAAAUGAUCUCGAUUCUCCGAGGAUGCAGAUGCGUUUACGUGAGCACACGAAAGGACACACGCUAGACACACACUGCAAAUGAAUGUGAAAAGAAUAAAACGUGCAACUUGAA